AUGACAAAUUUUUUGACUUAUCAAUUCCUUGAGGAUCUCCAAGAGGCAAGAAUGAACAAGAACACAGAAAAGGUACAACAUUCGAGACUGCCACCUGACUGGAUGAAGGUUAUCGUCAAGCAAGUUCCCUACCUUAUCCAAGACAAGGACAAAGGCAAACCGUCCUGGGUUUAUAUCGAAGGCGAAUGUAUCGAGGAAAGGAAGGAAAGGGAGAAAGGAGAGGAGGAAGAGAAAAAAGAGAACUUGGAGGGAAACAAAGAAGAAGUAAAAGAGAAAGAGAAAGAAAAAGAAAAAGAAAAAGAAGGAGGAGGAGAAGGAGAAGGAGAAGAAGAAGAGAGAGGGAAAUAUCAACCAAUCGUGAUCCAAUAUGCUGAAGGGGAUCAGAGUUCGACUGUAAACUUUGACAAGCACUUUGUUUGGGCCCUGAACGUUGGCGAUAUCUUUGAAGUCAAGGGCCAUCUCAUGAGUGGAUCAUGUCUCGAGGCCAAGGACCUGUACGAAACACCCCUAGCCAUGAUCCCAACUUUGGUAGCAAGCGAGAUCCGAAUGGCUCCUGUCCUCAUGGGUGAUGAAGGCGAAGGAGGAUACCUACAACUAGAGCCCAAGUCAGUCAAGUAUGAUUAUAAGACAACAGUGGCGAUCGAAGGAUCAGUCCAAGGCAGUAAAAAGCGUCCCAAGCCUGAGAAACAAGACAGAAGGGAGCAGAGAUGGCUUGAUGGCCGUGAUAGUGUUGCCGGCGUUGAUGGUGAAAAGGACCGGUUUAAUAAUAAUAAUAAUAAUAAUAAUAAUAAUACUGGUGGUGAUAGUGACGAUGAUGGCGAUGAUGGCGAUGAUGACGAUGAUGGCGAUGAUGACGAUGAUGAUCUCGAGCUACAACAAUUAAAACUUCAAGGCCCUGCCAAGCGCCAGAAGACUGAUUCUCAACUCGAGAUUGACCAGGAGAGUCGGCGUGGCAGAUCACGGUUAGGAUGGUGGCUACCACAACCUUCGAGCGCACGUUCACAAUCACUGCCACCGCCACCGCCACCGCCACCAACACCCAUACCAAGUUCACCAUCGACAGCAGCCAUCCCAUCCUUUCAAGACGGAGCCACUGUUCCUUAUUUGGAUCCGAUCCUUUCCUGGAUCCCUAUUGGCUGUUCAGAUGUAUCUGGUAAGCUGUCGCAGUUGCAGCUCAGUCAUCAUAGUCUGCAACAGGACUCUUGGGUGAGGUCUCGGCAUUCGGAUGAAUGUGAGUGUGUCUCGAGUUUGGAUGGGAAUGAGGACACGAUGAUAUGUGAAAGGAUCAAAGAAAGAGAAGAGGAUUAUGACUCGGAUAUGACUCUUGACGAAGAGAAUGAAAGUUAUACUAUGACUAUGGAGGCAGCUACCGUCGACAAAGAAGAAGAUCAAGGAGAGGGAGAGAAAUGUAUUGUAGAUGAGGUUGAAACUGGGCUCGAAGAUGAUGAUGAUGGCUAUGAUGAUGGCUAUGGUGAUGAUUAUGGCUAUGGCUAUAGUUAUGCUCAUGAGAAUGGUCAUGAUGAUAGUCAUGGUUAUAUCUAUGGGCAUUAUAAUGAGUAUAGCGAAUACGAUGAGUAUGAUUCAGACUAUUAUGAGGAUGGUUAUGAAGGCUAUGGCGAGAAUGACUCAGGGAUCGAUGGAAUGAAUUCCGACUUAUCGACUCUCAUUGCAGAGUCUUCAUACGAUGAGGGCUCGGAUAUAGAUGAGGGGUUGCUCCAACCAAGCUAUCAUGUCCUCGUAGUCAUGAAUGCCGAUACCAUUAGAGAUGAUAGCGAUGAUAGCGAUGAUGAGAGUGAUGGUGUUGAUGAUGAUGACAACCGGAGCUACAGCGUUGACUGUGAAGAUAAUGAGUAUUAA